AUGGUCCGACAAUCUCGCGGAUUCCUAAUAGCAAAGAAAAUGGCUCGACAACUCAGCGGAUCAUUUGGGGCCCGACUCUCUGACGGGCACGCCUGGUGGCAUUUCGGGUCUCUCACGUUCUGGAUCGCAUUGUUGGUGCUGUUCGUCGAGUGCCGGCCCACAAAUAAAUUCGUCGCGCAUAUCUUUGCAGGGGCUGCUGGCGUGGUACUACUGAUACUACUAGGCGCUGCGGUGGCGUACCGAAUAGCGUCAAUGCCGAAAAUACACCUAUGGACACGUACAUGUAAUCUCGCUGUCGGUCUACGGAAGCGGCGGGAACGCAAGAAAGAGUUGACAUAUUUUUUACUGAAUCACGAGAGAUAUACUAGGAACGCAUCUAAGCUCUAG